AUGUUGCUAGACAUCACACCGUUGGACGAAGGUGGUGCCAAACUGUUCACACUCUACGACAAGGAUCUGGCAGAGGGCGUCAACUUACUUAUAGUUGUAUCUGAAAACUGGGGUUCGAAAUGCGUGCGUUUGAAGGUGACAGUGAAAUCGGAUAACUGCGGGGACUCGCAAGACUGUUCCGGAAAGGGCGUGUGUUACACGAACGUUUCCAUGGAAGGUUAUGAGUGCCAAUGCUGUCCUGGUUUUGCGGGCACCCACUGCGAAGAACGUGACGCAUGCCACCCUUCUCCUUGUCUCAAUGGUGGUCGUUGUUCUGAUCUGCCACAGCCAGUUGAUGGAAUUUAUUAUCAAUGUUUUUGUCCUCACGGUUACAAGGGUAAAAGAUGUGAAAUGGACCCAUGUUAUACGUCACCGUGCCUCAACGGUGGUUCGUGUAUGAGUAUCACAAUGAAUGGUUCGGCAAGCUACCACUGCUCCUGUGCGGAUGGGUGGGCGGGCGUGCGCUGCGAGUUAUCUGUCGCGGGCGGAUCAUGUUCGUCCAACCCCUGUAUGAAGGGUAUAUGCGUAGAGCAGACUGACAAUGACGUCGAUGACUCACCGUACCGAUGCUACUGCCAACCUGGAUACACCGGUGAUAGAUGUGAGAUGGAAUACAAUGAGUGCGAAUCAUCACCGUGCCUGAACGGUGGCACCUGCACAGAUCGCGUUAACGGGUUUGCGUGCGCUUGCGGCCGCGGUUACACAGGCAACACAUGUCAACUAAAGGUGGACUUAUGUUCGCCCAACCCAUGCCCACCGCGUCGCUACUGCAUGGAUCGCGGCAACAAUUAUGCAUGCGAAUGUCCACGCGGAUAUGUCGGCGACGAGUGUCAUAUACCGACACGAUUGGCAUGCGAUAAUAAUCCUUGUGCUCAUGGAGGCACGUGUUGGAAUGGCGUUGACUCUUUCUACUGCUCCUGUCGUCCGGGAUACACAGGGAAACUUUGUGAAGAGGAUUUUAUAUUAGAAUCGGUGAUCAGCGAAGAGAAUAGUAUGAAUAGUGAGUCUCGCGGCGGAGGAUCGGUGCGUGAGGUGCGUCUACCUUUGGGCCUGUAUCACGAUCGCCUGCACAACGUUUAUAUCGCUGCUGGGACAUUAGGAGCUGCCAUUGCUAUCGUCGGUGUCGUGGUGACGGCAUGCCACUGCCGCGUGAACAAGACGUACUCGCGUGUGUUGUCACGAUUGUCGCGAGCUCGUGAACCGGGCCCGCCCCACCACUGGCUGCAGGACAAGCGCGCGCCCCCCGUCGCCGCGCCCUUCCCGCCCCCCGCGAACCCCUUGGACACCACCGACAUGUACUACACCCUCGAUUUCAGUGACAGCCAGAGCUCACCGCUCAUACAAUAG